ACAAAUCUCUUGAUGAAGUGUUGGUGAGGAGAGCAGCAGCGUGUUUUGUUCAUAUCCUGCUCAGGUCCUGAGGUGGAUGGUUUUUUACACAUUUAUUUUUUCCUCUGGCUCUUCAGGAAGAAUGUACCACAGUGUGUGCUGUAAUCGCUGGUCUUCUGACGAGAGGCUGGAUGGAAAAACAGUCCUCAUCACCGGGGCCAACACCGGCAUCGGCAAAGAAACAGCCAGGGACCUGGCGAGAAGAGGCGCACGCAUCGUGAUGGCGUGCAGAGACCUGGAGAGAGCAGAGGAGGCGCGGACGGACAUUCUGCAAGACACGGGAAACGAGAACAUCGCCAUCAGGAAACUGGAUCUGUCCGACACCAAGUCCAUCAGGGCGUUCGCUGAGCUCAUAAUCAAAGAGGAGAAGCAAGUGAACAUCCUGAUAAACAACGCAGGCAUCAUGAUGUGUCCCUUCUCCAAGACGGUGGACGGCUUCGAGCUGCAGCUGGGAGUCAAUCACUUGGGUCACUUCCUGCUCACUCACCUGCUGCUGGACCUCAUCAAGCGUUCAGCCCCGGCCCGUAUCGUGGUGGUGGCGUCGGUGGCCCACACCUGGACGGGGCUCCGGCUGGAUGACGUCAACAGCGAGAGGAGCUACGACACCAUGAAGGCGUACGGACAGAGCAAGCUGGCCAACGUCCUGUUCGCUCGCUCCCUGGCCAAACGGCUCCACGGAACCGGGGUGAGCGUGUUCUCCCUGCACCCGGGGGUGGUGCAGUCCGACCUGUGGAGGCACCAGCACCAGUGCAUCCAGGUGGCCGUGAAGAUUUUCCGGAUUUUCACCAAGACGACCGUGGAGGGAGCUCAGACCACCAUCUACUGCGCCGUGGAGCCCGGCCUGGAGAGUCAGAGCGGGGGCUACUUCAGUGACUGUGCCCCCGCACGCAGCUCGAGGGCGGCCUCCGAUGACGACUCAGCCAACAAACUGUGGGAAAUCAGCUGCAACAUGCUUGGCAUCACCUGGCAGUGAACAGUGGGAGAUGAACAGUGUAGUGGAGGACGUUGUGUGUGCAAUGUGUGAAUUUCAUAUUUAAAAAACAACAGACGGCACUGUUAAGCACUUAAAGAGGCGUUGUUGUUUCUGUUACUGUUGUGAAAUUCUGUAUUCUGAUAACUGGAAGUUCAAUAUGGUCUCAAUAGAACUGAAUCUCUAUCAAGGGCUCCUUUAUUUUAUACACAACUGGAAGAAUCUUAUGAUUAGUCAAUUGCAUUGAUCAUACAGGGUUUCAUGCUGUACCCAUAUUGUUUUUAGUACUUUGUAGAAUGUUGAGGAAAUACUUUUGAAUUAUCGUUUCACUACACUCGUGCUAGUUCAUA